CGCAGAAUCGGCAGUCCGGAGCAAAAACAUCGAGCGCUACUAUCAGUGAAUACUUACUAGCAGUACGAAAAUAAUAAAUCGUGUAAUUUCGUUGAGUCGAUGAAAAGGUUCUUGUGUGCUUUUUCAUUACACCAUUGAUAUCGCAGUGCAUUUUCGAACAUCAAAUGUGAAAGUGCAAGGAUAAUUUGUGAACGAGCCGUUGGAUACAUUGACGAAGACCAACAUAGCUCUCAGAAAAGUUGCAGCUAGUAAUGACAAUGCCGAUUGGUGCUAUUACGACCUGAUCGGAAAAUUUAAGCCUAUGAUAUGUGAUGAGAUAAGAAGAAUCAAGUUCAAAUGAAACCAUAAGCCCAAAGACUGGGGGCAACGAAGGGCGUUUGUUUUUUUCGUCAAUCAAGUCGAACAAUGUUCAAACGCUGCUUGAGCUGGUCAACGCAAAUAUGGUUCGCUGCUGUAACUAUUUGCGUUGGUUACGGAAAAGCCGACAUUCUAGUAUUUCUAUCAUCGGAUAGCCAUAAAGUCGAGCAGGGCUUCCGUGAUGCUCCGGCUAGAUUUGGUGGUGCCCUUCCAGCUGAAGGAUUCAGGGGUGUAAUUGCUGUUGCCGAACCACUACAAGCAUGUAAAGAUAUAAAGCCUCCACCAAACAAUACUCGUUAUCAAGGCAAUAACUGGAUAGUAGUGAUAGCCAGAUUUAAUUGCAGUUUCGAAGAAAAAAUUCGAAGGGCUCAGAAGGCCGGUUUCGAUGCUGCAAUUGUUCACAAUGUAGGCAGCAAUGAAUUAGAGCAAAUGUCAGCAAAAGAUGCGACGAACAUAACAAUACCAUCAGUCUUCGUUAGCGAGUUUACAGGCUCGCUUUUGAAAGAAGUUUAUCGGUAUGACGAAGACUACUUCGUCCUUAUCAAUGAUAUGCCUAUCAAUUUCAACACACACCUACUAUUACCGUUCGCUAUUGUCGUGGGAAUUUGUUUUCUAGUCAUGGUUAUUUUUAUGAUUGUUAGAUGUAUUAAAGAUAGGCGGAGACAGCGAAGACACCGAUUACCGAAUUCCAGUUUGAAAAAGAUACCGACUCACAAAUACACAAAAGGAGAUCCCUACGAAACUUGUGCUAUUUGCUUAGAGGAUUAUCUGGAAAACGAAAAACUUCGAGUAUUGCCAUGUGCACAUGCUUAUCAUACAAAAUGUAUUGAUCCAUGGUUAACAAAAAAUCGUCGAGUAUGUCCGGUAUGCAAACGUAAAGUAUUUGCGGCAGACGAGCGCGUCGAGACAGAUUCAGAAAGCGAUUCAGACGCAGAUGACUCAACGCCGCUUAUCCGUGAAAACAAUCGGUCAGGGACUCAAGGCGGUACUUUUACACCACAAACGGAGAAUCCGUUCUGGCGGCAUAUAGCAAAUCGCCGUCGACGAGCAUCCCAGCACUCCGGUAGUAGCUAUGAGUCACCAGCUGAGGGUCAUAACGAAGUUGGUGGUGGAACUGAAGCCGAUACCGAAAGCACAAAUACUAAUGGUGAUCUCGAUCCUAGAAAUAGUCCGGUUUUCUUGGUCUCAGAUUGUCAUAGCAUUAACGAGAUUUCCUGUAUAGGUGAAAUGUCAGAUCUAGAAAGAUCGGUGAGCAGUACAAAACUUCACACAGUAAACCUAUCUACGGAAGUAGAUGAAAGUUCAUCUGCUUUAGAUAGGAGGCAACAAGCGAGGGCUGCUGCUAGAAUUGGUGCUAACAAUUUUCUUGCUACGUCGGUCGUACCACGGACAUCCGAGAACAAUGAUGUUAUUAUUUAAAUUUAUAUUCUCAUCUUUACACGUUAAUGGUUAAAGAUCUGACGUUCAACGACAACCAAAAAUGUCUUGAAUCCAAAGGCAUUCGAAGCAUCUUCAAUUGCUACUAGCAGAAAUGGAGAAUGCACGUUUUACGUAAUUAUCGUGUGACGAUGUUCUUUCAUUACCAAACAAAAUUACAGACAAAAAGAACUGUAGGUUGUAAACCAUCAGUCGAGCAAGAUUAAUGCAACUAGUUGAUCUGAACCUCUUUUUAACGAAAGUGAUAUAUUAUCUGUUUUUCAGUACAAUUAGAUUUUAUUUGUUAUGAACAAGAAAAAAUUUUUUUUGAGUACUGACGACGUUUACAAUAAUUUUCUCGUAAUAUAUAUAGACAAAAAAUAUGUAUUCCGAAUGACGUUUUUUUGCACUUUUUUAGCCUGCGAUCAGGGAUGUAAAUAUUAUUUUUUAACAUUUAGACCGAACGCUAGACGUCACUACUUUGCAAUACCAGAAAAUAGAUAAAAUACAGUUUUACAAUUACAUCUUAUUACAGUUUAAAAAUGCAAACCUAUUUGUAGUUAUAUACGUAUAAAGCUUUAAGUUUAUUGUGAAGAAAAUCAAUCUAUUUCCACCUCUCAUAAAACAAAACAAAGUUGAUAAUAUUCUAUGAAUGUAUAUAUAAUGUUAUUUGAUAAGGCCGUAAAUACCUUUUGUAAUCUUGAUAGGUUUACGAAAAAAAAUAAAUAAAGAGAGGCAUUGAAAUCUUUCAAUGCACAUUUGACAUAAAAGCAACAAAAAUUUGAGCUCUAAAGCUCUAGUAAAACUUUUAUAAUUCUAAAAAUACUAUUACAAUAAUAUAACUACUCAGACAUUAGAUGUUGGGGAAGAAUAUAUGACGGGCUUAUCGUUUGGUAAUAAAUAGUGUUGUGCGUUCAGUUCGUAAUCUUCAAGAUUGUUAUAUUGACUUGUAAUUAGUUUAUAAUUAAAAUCGAAGUUGUUUUUAUUUAUUAAAAAAAUAUUCAUGAACAUGUUAUAGUGCAUCAUCAUUGGUCGUUUUCCUUUUUUUUACUCAUACAAUUUUCGAGUCUAAAGUAGAAUAAAGUAUCUAUGUUAAAUUAUAGUCAUACAUCAGAAAAAGUAAAUCCCAACUGUUUCAACCUUUUAUAUUAUCUAAAAUAAUUAAUAUAAAAUUUUGAAUACAUUUUAAGAUGGACGAGAAGAAAAGUUGGCGAAAUUUAGAUUGGAAUGGAAUGCUCAAUAUCUGUACAUGUUUAGUAUAUGAGAAUAAUUUGUUAUAGAUUUGUAUAAAGCCAUGUAAAUAGUUUACGCGCGGUGAUUUUGUUAAUGAAACGACGUUGUGUUUUGGACAGUUGGAUUGCGAUAAGUUACGAAACGUCAUUUAUUCUGGCGUUUUCAUGAUAAUCGGUUCUGCUAUGAAUUAAAAAAAAUUAAUUAAGACAAAAAAAAUACAUCAACGCUAAUUCCUCUGGUUCUUGCUGAAAUCGUAAUGCUUAUUGGUUAUAAAUUUUAUUAUUAAUAUAUUCUCAUUUUAUUAUAACUAUUAUAACUAUUAUAAACUGGAUAAAAUAAAAUGUAUUUAUAUUUUUUAUUCUAAA